GGCACCCAACUCUCCUCCGCUCCUUCUCUCUGCUCCGCUUCCUCUCCUUCUAUCUCUCCACAUCCACCUCGUCAGCCCGUCCUUCAUCUCCUCUCCUCCUUCUUCUCCGCCUCCGACCUCCAAUCAAGGACGCCCUACACCUUGAAGUAACUCACACCCCUUAUCUCAUCUCUCAGAUCUCGAAAACCCUAGCCUCCGAGCUCGUUAGACUCCCCACCCCCACCCCCAGUCUCCAAUUGCAGCUUGUCUCCGUCGCCUCAAUCGGAUCGGAGUCUACUCCAGCAAUACAGUAAUUUUAAUGUCUCGGUUUUACUACGGUUAUGUUUAGUGUGGGGUUCUAGGGCUUUCCUGAGAGACAAACCAUCUGGGUGUCAUUUUGUCAGUUCGGAGGACACUUUAAAGUUAUGGCUAAGAGUGAAGAAUUUCAAGGUGUUUCAAAGUGCUAUGUAUUCAAGAGCCGGUUGCAAGAGUAUGCACAGAAAAUGGGGAUAAAGAUACCAGUAUAUGAGACUACAAAAGAAGGUCCUUCACAUGAGCCAUCCUUCAGGUCUACUGUGGUAGUAAAUGAUGUUAGAUACGACUCAUUGGUUGGGUUUACUCAUCGUAAGGCAGCUGAACAGUCAGCUGCCGAAGUUGCUCUGCGGGAGUUAUCUAAAUCUGGCGACGCUGCCAAAUGCAUCUCUCAACCUGUUCAAGAAAUUGGCUUAUGCAAGAAUCUGCUUCAAGAGUAUGCACAAAAGAUGAAUUUUUCUGUUCCUGUAUAUCAGUGUAAGACGGAUUUUUCCUCUCGCAAAACACCAGUAUAUUCAUGUACCGUUGAGAUUGGGGGAAUUCGUUAUAUUGGAGCUACAGCAACAACCAAAAAGGAAGCUGAGAUAAAAGUGGCUAGAACUGCUCUCUUAGCUAUCUGGUUAAGUAGUAAUGAGUCAUCCAUGGGAUCAUUUGAAACCUCUGAGUUAACAGUGCUUCCAUCUAAGAAAAGGCGGUUAGAAUCUGAAGAGGCUUCUAAUAAACCUAAACGAAAAAAAGUUCCAUUUAGUAGGAAGAGAAUGCUCAAACGGAAACCUAAUGAAGAAAAUGCAGUACCAGGAUUAGAGAGUAAUGAAGCUAUGCCACAAGACUCAGUGUCUGAGGAUAUUCCCCAUGCUAAUAAUGUUUAUGCUGAGCAUGGGCCAUCAACAGCUUCAGAUCUCACCAACGGGAGCAAUGGGAAUGGGUUUGUGGGCUGUGGGGACUUAACUACUUUGGCCAAGGAAGUGAAUAUGGUGUCUGCUGUUAAACCAAUGACCGCAGAAGCUAUGCCACAGGACUCAGUGUUUGAGCAUAUUCCCCAUGCUAACAAUGUCAAUGCUGAACACGGGCUGUCAACUACUUCAGAUUUCAACGCCACCAAUGGGAGUUGCGCUGUAGGGGAUUCAAUUUCACCGUCUUCUGAAAACACAACUACUUUGGCCAAGGAAGGGAAUAUGGUGUCUGCUGGACCUUAUUUGGAGGCUUCAAGUGUCAUGCCUGGACCUGAGUCACUGGACCAAUCACAGUAAGUACUGCAAGCUGGUGCCAUAAAUGGUAGGAGUAGGAAUUCUUGCUAUCUAAGAGAAACAGAAGCUAGGAAGUAUGGAUUGAGAUUUCAUUGGUUAUGAACCAUUUAUCUCUUCAUUGGCAGAGUAUGGGUAUCGAUUGUAUGAAAAUUACUACCAGACUGGUAGCUUUUUGUGGUUGUAGUUAUGCAUCCAUGGUUUUGUUUGGAACAGUACAGUACUUAUGAAUAUGGUUAAUCCGUUUAUCUCGGUUGGCAACCCUUUA